AUGAAGUAAUUGAGAAGAAUGAAGCAAUAGAAAAAAAUACCCCCUAUGAUGAAAUUCAACUUUAUAAUCUUUUAACAAAUAAUUAUGUGGAGGAUGAUGAUGCAAUGUUUAGGUUUGAUUAUUCACCUGAAUUUUUGAAAUGGGCACUUAUGCCACCAGGUUAUUUAAAAGUUUGGCAUGCUGGAGUUCGCGUUAUUGCAUCAAAAAAACUUGUUGCAUUU